AUGGCUGGCCUUCUCUACACCUACUCCGUAACCUCGAUUCGAGCGGCUAAAAGAAACGCCCGACUUCACCGGGAAGCGGAUGGCGGCCAACUAGACAUGCGCCGUGAGAGCUUGCGCAGGCACGGCGUCCUCGAUCCGGUACAAGGCACAGGUGGUGUGGAACUUUUUCGAGAUGCCAAAGCUGGAGAGAAACAAGAGUCGAAGUUCUUGACCGAAAAGCAGGCCAAACCGCUGGGCGUGGAACAGAAAGAAGAAGCAGGAGCACCGCGCACGGAGAACGAGGAAGUUCUCGAUACCUAUCGGGGCCGUCGCGGCUUGAAGAAGCUCAAGGAUGAGCAUGCACGAGAAUAG